UAGCCCGGUGGGGCGGUCGGUGAUUUCUUUCUCUUCUUUCAGUAGCAUGAAGAAAAUUCGCUUAUUUAUGACGCAGGUUUCUUUUUUUUCUUUUUUUUUUCCUAACCGUCAGGUAGGGAUUUUAGUGUAAGCUGUGAUCUGCCGGGAUGAGUUUUCUGCUGCCCAAACUGACCUGUAAGAGGGAGGUGGAUCAGGCAAUAAAAAGCGUGGCAGAGAAGGUUUUGGUUCUCCGGUUUGGAAGAGAUAACGAUUCUGUUUGUCUGCAGCUCGAUGACAUUCUUGCAAAGACAGCUCAUGAUCUAAGUAAAAUGGCAGUCAUUUACCUGGUGGAUGUGAACAAGGUUCCAGUGUACACCCAGUAUUUUGACAUCAGUUAUAUUCCAUCCACUGUAUUUUUCUUCAAUGGACAACACAUGAAGGUUGAUUAUGGGUCUCCAGAUCAUACCAAAUUUGUAGGAAGCUUCAAAACAAAGCAAGACUUUAUAGAUCUGAUUGAAGUGAUCUAUCGCGGAGCAAUGCGUGGAAAGCUCAUUGUGAGAAGUCCUAUUGAUCCCAAUAACAUUCCUAAAUACGACCUUCUCUACCAAGGAAUUUAAUGGGUUGACCUGAGAAAAAGAAUUACGGAAAUGGCUGAUGUUCUAGAUCCCUUUUUCUCUUCAGGGAUUUUUAGCCACCUCUAACACCAUGGGACACCUUCACAUGUGGGACAACUUGAGCGUUUAUUUUGAAGGAUCAUAUUGGUCUCCUUCUGAAGACAGACAUUCUGCCAUCUCACACCUCAUAAAUAAAGCUGCAUACUCAUGUGUUGAAUUCCCACAAGUGACUGUUCUUUGAGUUGCAUGCUGACCAGCAUCUACAAAACAGGCAGGCUGUAUGCAUCCUCAAUGAUGACGUCUCCACUGCAACUUUCUUUAGUGAACUAAGGCACUAUAUAGUCUAUUGUCUAUUUAGUACCACUUUAAUUCAGAUGUAAUAACAGUAAACCUAUCUUUAUUUAAAAAGCCAUGCAUGCUCUCAGAGGCAUUCAACUGACUGUGUCUUUCCAAGGGAAUUUUACACUUUUACCCAUUACUGGAUAACAAAAUGGGAGCUUUUUCAAAGAACAUUAGAGGUGACAAAUCUGAAAUGGAUAUAAACACAAAAGGGAAGUUGACUCUCUCUUUUAUCUGGUACCUAGUUCAGCAAACUCUUUUUACCGAGAUGGGAACUGAAGGUGUAGGACAAGGUUUUGUCAUCCUUCAAAGCUCUUUUGCAGGCACUGAGCUCUUUUAAUUCCCACAGGAUUAAACUGAAAAUUCAGAAUAAACAUUUUGUUUAAAGGCUGUUUGACCUUCUGCUUGUAUAAUUUGCGAACCUUGAGUAUGGACAUUUAAAAGCUGUCUCUAUUUCCCACCUCUGUCUAAAAUUAAACAGCUGAGAGAAAACAGUAG